UUUCUAUAUACACUUUUAUUUUUUUAUUGUAUUUGCGAUUCACAAAGAAAAAAUAAUGUCUUUUUUGGCGCGUUUGACUUGCACAACUGCACUGCGCAUGUCGCUUGUGCGCGGUAUGAGCACCGAGGCAGCACCCGUGGCAGCAGCAACAGCAACGGCAAUCACACAAAAAGUGGCAAUUCCCCGGCCGCGAGGCCAGUUUGACAGCCCGGAGCCGUUCCUCAAGGCGAUCGGCCGCGGUUGCGAAAAGUUCACAGACAAAUUCAAGGACUGGGACCACCUGUUCAGGGCCAAUUCCAGCACGAUGAAGCAUGAUUUGGGAAUCGGACCCAAGCACCGCAAGUGGAUUUUGAUGUGGGCUAAUAAGUUCAGACUUGGAAUUAACCCUUAUCUUAUUCAGACCAGCAAGAAACACACUAUGAAGAGAUCGGAGCGGCUAGCGCGCGCAAAGAGACGCCGCCAUGACUGAAAUAAAUGACUUUAAAUAGAGGUUUUUAUGAUAAUAGACUUUUUUUUAUUCUGGCUUGUUUGCUUGUUUUUUUGAAAGGAAUGGCGCAUAUUUUUUUUUGAA